AUGCCCGACAUCGAUAGAGUGUUUGCCGAAAUGAAGGGCGAAGCAGGGGAAACCUAUUCUGGCUCCAUGCGACAGUUCCGGAGCCUGGUGAACACAUCUCCAGAGUCGCUAUUCAAUGACUCCUCUUCUACAAGCAGCAUAGCAAACGGUUUAUCUGGCUCUCCGCCGUCUCGAAGAAAUUAUGGCCUGGUCAGGACGAGGUCAGACCCGUUCAAGCCCAAUACUACUACAACUCUCCUACCUCAGCCUGAGAGUGACUAUACGCAGCGUAUGGGGUAUAAUACGAUGGGCUCCGUUGAAUAUCAGUCUCAAACGGCGCCUUCAGACUCUCGUCGUCCUACUUCAUACCAUCUCGAUCGCAUUUUGCUUGAUGUCGUUCUUUUUCUGCUGCGCCAUUCCACUCUUCUGGCCAAUUCUGUUUCCAUACGUGGUUUACAUAUCACUAUUCUCCAAGGCCGCAACAGAUGGAAGGCUUUCAAGAAGAAGCAACUUCAUCCGAUCUCUACCCAUUUGGAAGCUGUUUGGCUCGUACUUCCCGGCCCGCCUUCACCGAACGUCCCUCUCCCGCCAACUCGAAAAUAUAUCUUUGGCUACCACCCACAUGGAAUUAUUUCUCAUGGAGCAUUUGCUGCCUUCGCCACAGAAGGAUUAGGCUUUUCCAAGCUCUUCCCGGGAAUCACAAAUACCCUGCUUACCCUGGACUCGAAUUUCCGACUUCCCUUCUACCGAGACUGGGCAUUGGCGAUGGGCUUAGGUAGUGUAUCUCGAGAAUCUUGUGAAAACAUCCUUUCAAGAGGUGGAAUGAACAAAGAAGGCAUGGGCCGCGCAAUUACCAUCGUGAUAGGUGGCGCACGAGAAUCUCUCGAUGCACAGCCACAUACCCUCCGACUAAUCUUGCGCCGACGUAAAGGAUUUGUCAAGCUUGCUAUCCGCACUGGCGCAGAUCUUGUUCCUGUCCUUGCAUUUGGUGAAAAUGAGCUGUAUGAGCAGGUGAAGUCGGACCAGCAUCCGCUCAUCCACAGAUUCCAGAUGCUGCUCAAGAGUUCUAUGGGAUUCACUAUCCCACUUUUUCAUGCUAGAGGGGUCUUCAAUUAUGAUGUUGGCUUGAUGCCAUACAGACGACCAUUGAAUAUCGUUGUUGGUAGACCAAUUCCAGUUAUGCAGCAAACUGAUAGGAGCAAGAUGGAUGAUGCAUAUAUUGACGAAUUGCAUGAGAAAUACAUUCAGGAAUUGGAAAAGAUGUGGGAUGAGUGGAAGGACACCUUUGCUCCAGGCCGUAUCUCUGAGCUCGAGAUUGCUUCUUGA